AUGAACAAGAUCGAUGUCAUCGCUGCGAAAUGGAAUGGAAAAAUAAACACACGGCAGAUCAGAAGUAGAUAAGAGGACAUAGAGCUUUGUGUGUGCGUUAAUGGCGGAGCCCGUCAUCCUCAAGAUGAACGUGCAGUGCAGCAAAUGCGCUACGAGGAUCCGCAGGGCCAUCAAGAACAUGCACGGGGUGGAGAAGGUGCGGGCGUCGCCGGAGACGGGGCUGGUGAUUGUCACCGGAACGGCCGACGCGCUGGUGCUCUGGUGGCGGCUCUGGCUCAAGAUCAGGAGGUCGGCCAACAUCGUGAACGACGGCACGCCGGAGCAGAUUCCACCGGAGGGCAGGAUGACGCACCUGGCACCGAUGACCACCUACGCCGUGUCGCUGCAGGGCUGCCCGGAGCUUCGUGCAUGAUGGAGGGGGCACCGGGGAAGGAGGCGGCGUCCACGACGAUGGCGGCGGCGGAGAGGUGGAGGAGGCGAAGGAGGCGGCUGAUUUUGAGUGACCGAGGUGACUGAGAGGAGGAGGUGGAUCUGAGCCAUUCAUUCGAUGCAGAUGAUUUUGUUCGUUAGAUUUGUUCCAUGAGUCAUGAGUUUUUUUUUUUUUAUAGAUAGAUUCUUUGAUGGAUAGGUCAUGAGCCUUAAUGAACAGUAGCGCCCUUAUUUCUCCACAAUUUAUAAUUGGUUCUAGCCAAGAUUAUGAUCCUACGAAUAUUAUUUUCAUAAAA